CCCUACCCCUGGGGGGACAUUUGCCCCUCUACUAGACACAUUUCUAGAGUAGGUGAUAGAAAAGCCGAUUUAUUUUCACGACGGCUGUAUUAGAGAACGAAACGCACAAUGGACGUGGUGCAGUGAAUCUACCCCGAAAAAGCAUGACGAAGCAGGAUGGCCUUUGAAAGGUUCAACAAAGCUCAUUUGUGACCAACGAAUCAACGAACAUCUAAAAACUGAGCAAAAUUUUCGUCGAGCGUCUUCUUUUAAAUGCGUCUGUUAAACUCCUGCCGAUUGCUUAACUCAAAUAGUCGUAGUGAGAUUUUAAAGAAUGCGAGAAGUUUAAGUACUGGAGUAGCAGUCACAAGAUUUUCAUCCACUUCUUACGUGGUCCCGACAUCAACUGCAAGGGUUCAGACUUCAGAUAAAAGUCAAAAGAAUCAAGAUCUGAAGAGGUUUCUUGAAGAGGUUGGUACAGAUCCGAAGGAGGCACGCUAUUGGUUACGGCAGUUCCAGACAAGAGAGUCAUACCCUGAACAACCUUUUGCUGUUGUCGAGAUUUCUCCUAAUGUGUUUAUGGAAGAUGAAAUGCUGGACAAGCUAGCAUCCUGCUUGUCCUUCCUGACUCGUAAUGGGAUGCCUGUGGUUAUAGUACAUGGCAUCAACCCUGUGUUACCAUCACAGACAGAUUUCCAACAUCAAGUCCUUGCAGAUAGCAUCAAACUGGUUUCUCUGUUGGAACAACAUGGUACAAAAGCCAGACCUGUCUCAUGUUCAAGCGAUGUCUUUCAUGCAGCUUCAACAUCUCUUGAUUCCAAAGUUGGAUGUAUUAACAGAGUUGACAUUGAGCCUCUAAAGAGUUUUAUCGGGUCUGGCCAAAUACCCAUACUGACUGCGGUGGGCAAGAGUCCAUCCGGACAAACGCUGUACAUUGAUCCCACAAGUGCUGCAGUAGAACUAGCUGCCAUCCUACAACCAACUAAAGUAGUCUUCUUGAACACAGAGGGUGGACUGAGAGACAGUUCAGGACAGGUGGUUGACUCAGUGAGUGUACCAGAUGAACUGGGCAGCCUCCUAAGGGAUUCAUCACUACACUGCUCAUCUCAUAAUUUGGUAAAGUCCAUAAGGGAUUUGUUACUAUGCCUGCCAAGUGAGACGUCAGCUGUGAUUACAAGUGCCAACAGCUUGAUAACAGAGUUAUUCACACAUAAUGGUUCUGGUACCCUUUUCCAGGUUUCUGAGCAGAUCAAUGCCUACCACUCCCUGGAAAAUGUUGAUGUCGAAAGAUUGCGGAGUCUUAUUAUAAGGUCUUUUGACCAAGACCUCAGUCUGGAUUACUUCUCUAAAAUUGAGAGACAACUUCACACAAUAUACAUAUCUGAAAGUUAUAGUGCAGCAGCUAUUAUAACAGUCCCAAAAGAUACAGGUGGAGUUCCUUAUCUUGAUAAGUUUACAGUCAGCAAAGAGAGUCAGGGAAAGGGAACAAGUGAGAAACUUUGGAAAAAAAUUACAAAGGAUUUUGAGAAGCUAUUCUGGAGAUCUAGAGGGACAAAUAGAAUAAAUCCUUGGUAUUUCAUGAGGUCAAACGGCAGCUGGACUAACGGUUUAUGGACAGUGUUCUGGUAUGGCAUCACUGAACAGCACCAUACAUUGAAAUUAGUUAUGUAUGCCAACAGCUUACCAUCAUCCUUUGAUCCUAUUGCACCACAUGAUGGACCAGAGGGAAGGAAACAGCUGUCAACAAAUGCAUACCACAAAUACUUGUAGCUCCAAUGUGGAUGACCUGAACAAGUAGCAGUGGUUAAAAUACCAGAUUUGCUUUGUUUUAGUUGAAAUUCUGUCUGUUUAUAACAUUGGUAAAAACAGGAUAGGUCAAGCAAUACCGUAUUACAGAUUUAUUUAUAACAAA